AUGGUCAUCUGCGUCCGCCACAUCGGCAUGCUGAUGCUGCCCACAGCCAGCGCCGCAGCCCCCAACGAACGGAUCUUGUUGCUCUAGUGCAAGAAUUCUUGCCCGUGCCAACGUCACAGCGGUGGUCAGAAGCUGCUCGCCUCGUGUACACUAGCGUCAGCGAAAGCGCCGAGCGACUGGUUGCACACAUCGUGAACGUCUUGCAGCUUCGCUACAGAAAAAGUCAACAGGAGCUACAGCGGAAGAAGGAGACUCAACGCCAGCUAGAGAGUAAGCUGUCGGAGUUCAGACGAGAGAAAGCAAGGCUUGCUGCGGAGCUGGAAGAGGCCAAGGCUGACGAGGCAGCCGCUCGAACGGCUGCUGGCCAGACAUCGCACUCGGUGACCGAGAGCGGGGCAGAGUCUGAAGCACCCGCUGGAUCCAGCAGCAAUCGAGACAGCACUGAAGACGAUGACGAACAGGCGCGGAUGGCGCAAGCUAUUGCACUGUCCCAGACAGGCCAGACUGGAGGCGAGGAUGUCGAGAUGGAAGCGACUUCCGCCGCCACUGAGGCUCAGCCACCGCAACGGUCGGGGCAAUCCACCCCUUCAGCGGACUCUCGUCAAGCGGACAUGGAGCUCGAGUCGCUGCAGAGGAGCCUUGGAGAGCUGGAGCGUCGGGAUGGUGCCGAGCAGCCGGGCGGAACAGCGUCCGCGCGGACGAAUGCAACGCCACAGACCACGUCCGCCGCCUCCGGAUCUGAACAACCCGCCCAGCCCCGCCUGACGACCACGAUUCGAGGACGCACGGUCGACAUCACUGAUUCUGGUAUUGACCCGACUUUCCUUGAGGCUUUGCCGGAUGACAUGCGCGAAGAGGUCGUCAAUCAGCAUUUCCGGGAGCGCCGCGCCGGCGCCAGCAUGCCAGCCUUGACUGACUCCAGCAUCGCACCAGAGUUCCUUGAAGCACUUCCACCAGAAAUCAGAGCGGAGGUCAUGCGCGCCGAGGCAGCUGAGGCUCAGCGCACCGCCCAGGCAGAACGCAGCGAAGCCUCCACCAGGAAUGAAGCUUCGGCCUCUCGACCUACUCGCGAGGCUGCUCGGUCGGACGAAGUGGAUCCCUCUUCGUUCAUUGCCACCCUGGAUCCCGGUCUCCGGGAUGCGGCUUUGGCGCAACGCGACAACACUGUCUUUGACCGUCUUCCUGCCGGCGUAGCUGCCGAGCUCGACCACCUGAGGCGUGUCAGGCAAAAUCAAACGGCGGACGGUCAAACAGUCAGCAACACUAUUGUGCAGCGCAGAGAAGUUCCAGCUUCAACGGUCGCUGGACAACAUCAAAGUUCGUCCAGAGACGCCAUACAAGUCUUGGACAAAUCUGGCGUAGCGACGCUCGUGCGCCUACUGUUCUUCCCUCAGAUGAGCAGUCGUUCAACAGUACUCCACAAAGUGCUUGCGAAUGUGCAAGAGAAUGCGCGAACCCGAGAGGAACUCCUUAAUUUGCUUUUGAUGAUCCUGGCUGAUGGCAUCACGGAUACGCACGCGGUAGACAAGUCGUAUGCAUCUAUGAGCGCUCGGGCUGUCCGUACAAGUCAGCUGUCGACUGGCACGCCCGCGCGACCUCCCCCCAAGAGGCACCACACAGCGCCCGGUGGUCAUCCGACUACGCCAUCUCAGCCUACUCCUGCGGCUUCCCAGCCGCUCAGCGCGCCCAUUUCGCGCACUGGUGAGGAGGCGCCGUUCUUGAUUGCGAGCCGCAGCAUCGACACGCUUCUGCACUUGACUCACAGCAGCGAGCAGACCGCCUGGUAUUUCUUGCGCGAAGACGUGCGUGGACCUAAGAAGAUUGCUAAAGGAAAAGAGAAAGCCGACCUUUCUCAGACUGCAAAGGAGCCGCGCGCGCCAAUCAACAUUCUCCUGGGCUUGUUGAACAAACAAGCCAUCCUGGGCAACCCUCAACUCGUAGACUCGCUGGUUGCACUGUAAGUCAGAGUCCGCUUCACGAAACGAAAGUCACCGAGAUGUGGUACUGAAAGGUUGAAUGCCUGCAUUGCUCCCCAUUCGAUCUAGCUUGAGUUCUGUGACGAAGCCUUUGACAAAUCUUCCGCAAGCUGAAGCCAAGGAAACAACAAAGAAGGAUGAUGGAUCUGCAGAAGACGCGACUGCAUCAGGUGUCCCCACGGAGGCUCUCAGCACUGGCUCGGCCCAGGCUCAAUCGGCCCCCACAAGAAUCGAGACUUCUUCCGCGAACCUCGGCACACCGGCACAGACCUCAUCGCAGCCGUCAGGAGACUCGCCACCUGUCACCGUGAUACCCGUAAUUCCGGCAGAGCGCAUCGCCGUUGUCGUCAAGCCCCUGGGCACCGCCAUCAGCUCUCGUGGCUUCCAGCACACGCUCAGCAUCGCCUCCAACCUGACGGCAGUGCCUGGUGGCCGUGAUGUCAUUAUUGGCUCACUGAGACAAGAAGCUGAGGCUGCCGGCAAAGCGAUGGUCAAAGAUCUGGACGAACUGCUGUCCAGCCUGCCCGUUCUUCCGAAAUCUUCUGACGAUGACGAUCAGGUGGACAGCGAGCAGGCUAGAGUGCAGAGCCCUGUACUUUCCGGACUCGCUGACGGCGCUAACUCGCAAGCUGUCCUCUUGCGUUCGCUGCGCGCCAUCGAAUGGCUAACGCAUCAUGAGGCUACAGCUUCAGCUUAA